CGCUUAUCGAUAUGCCGCCACAGAGAUGCCAGGCUGUAAACAGCUGAAAUUGGUAUCGAUGCUGUCAACUGCGCCGGUCUUUUGACGAAUAAAUCUAAGUUUUUAUUAACUGCUAUUCAUAGUCGUCACAGCAGGACCAUGUCGGAGCCGUGUACAAACAGCAGUCAGGAAGCAAUUGCACGUUUGCGGGAAUUUGGAUACGCAUUCAAUGAAGCUGGUGAACUCCGCAAAAUUGAUGCAGCUAGCGGAAAGCCCGGUGAUCUGCCUUAUGAAUUUAAGAUCAGCGACAAUCCGGUUACAAAUCAAGAGCAUUACGAGCAACUAGCCAAUCAGAUUCCCGAUAUAGUAUAUGAGCUACUGGAGAAAAAUGGAUUAAAGAGAACCUAUAUACCCAUUGGAGAGCCCAUUGAGCGUUCCACAUUCGUAUUCACACAGCCGCAACCUCUGGCCCAGUCGAAGAAGCUGCUUGUGCUCAUCCAUGGCAGCGGAUAUGUGUUGGCCGGCCAAUGGGCAAGAAGAUUGAUUAUAAACAACUCUCUGGAGCACGGCACACAGCUGCCAUAUAUACAACGCGCACAGAAGCUGGGUUAUGAUAUACUCGUAACGAAUACGAAUGACACCACACGUAUUAUAAAUGGCAAGCGCACGCCUAUCAAAGGUUUAGAGAAUUCAAUGAGUCAUGCCGCUUACGUAUGGGAGCAUAUCAUCAUGCCGUCGCAGCCCGAGAGUGUGGCCAUAGUGGCCCACAGCUUCGGCGGCUCCGUGUGUAAAGCUUUGGCGGAGAAGUUUACAAAGUUCUUUAAAGAAAAAGUAUUUGCCAUUGCGCUAACCGAUGGCACAGUGGGCCAUCCGCCCGCUGGUUGUCAAAAAUACUUUCUGGAUGUAACCUGCAAUUGGGUCUCCAGCACUGAGCCACUCGAUACGGAUCUAACACAUGGUGAUAAAGAAAAGAAUUUAACUUGUGUAUCGGCUGGACAUCCGGAACACGAAUGGACCUCCUCUGCAGCCAUCGAGUCUGUCUUUAAGUUCCUCGAGCUAAAGCACCAGAAGUAUAUAAAGACCAAGCAGUCCUAAGCCGCCUAGUGUCAACUUGUUAUGAAUUUCAUCAAAUUUUCAUAUGUGAUGUGCAUCAUCCCAUCAUCUUUGUGCAUGUGACACUUAUCCCUUUACCCUAAGGACCAACACAAACUAUCGAUUUGCAAUGCAUAAAUCAAACGGAGUAGCAGUAUCUCAUAACAAAACUCCCUCAUAACCCACUUCGAUAUGUCACAAACACUCGCAUCAAGGCAAUUUAAUUUGAUUUUCGGCACUUUGGCACAUUCCAUGUGAGUUAAUCAACUUGAUGGCUGAUGUAUCAUCGUUCACGAUAAAACAAAAGUGUUUCUGAUGUCCGUCCAGUCAACAAGCAGCUAAAAAAACAACUGACCCACGUCCCCACGGUCAAUGCUUAAAGUUGUUAGCUCGAUAAGAACACAAUCUAGAUGUGUUGGGGUUGCUACAAAAAACAAAAAAAAAAAAAAAAAAAAUCGCAUCAUGUUUGGCUAUGACGCCGGCAUUUCCCAGCUACCUCUCACCCUUACGCAAACCUUACGCAUACCACAUCAUGUCGUUUAACAAAGUGCGUCAUAAAAAAUUGUCCCUUGUGAAUUUGUUGGGCUUAAAGAUUGGAACUCUCAUUGCAUACGCACAGAUUUCAGGUUGCAGUUUUUAUUAGUAUGUGUAUCUACAUAAAGUCAAAGUUGGGUUUAGAAAUACGAAUGAAGUUCAUAGUUGAUAAUUUAAUUGAAUUCCCAUAAAAUGCCUAUCCCAGCCUACAAAAGCUGUCAUAUGAUAAUCAUAAAUUUUACUGAUCAUAUUUACACUGUUAUAAAUCAUCUAUUACCAACUAAGAUAAUAAUAAUUGCGAGCAACUUCUUAGUUAUUACUCAAUAUCAAGUUGUUUAUUAAACUGAAACUAGAAAUUUAACUACGAACUUUAGCAUUUUGAUUAAAGUUGAAUAUAAAUUUCAAGUUCAUAAUUUCAA